AUGAAAUUAAUUGAUAUUGGAGUAAAUUUAUGUGAUGAUAUGUUUAAAGGAAUUUAUAAUGGAAAACAAUCUCAUGAUUCCGAUGUUGAACAAGUUAUUCAGAGAGCCUUGGAUAAACAUGUUGAUAAAUUGAUGAUCACAGGAACUUGUUAUCAAGAUAUUCUGGAGGCUGUUGAAUUAAUAGAAAAAUUCAAGGAUAAAUUCCCUAAUAGAUUGUAUACCACUGUGGGUGUACAUCCGACUAGAUGUAAUGAAUUUAAUCCAUCAAAUGAUAUUGAUCAUAGGAAUGCCUUGUUGGAAAUUGUUAAGAAACAUAGAGAAUAUAUUGUGGCUAUUGGAGAAUGUGGAUUAGAUUAUGAUCGUCUUCAUUAUUGUGAAAAGGAACAGCAACAGAAAUAUUUUGAAUUCCAAUUAGAAAUGGCAAAAGAAACUAAAUUGCCACUCUUCUUGCACAAUAGAAAGUCAACACAUGAUCUUUGUGAAAUUUUAAAGAGACACUAUGAUGAUUUGGGAUUAUUUGUUGUUCACAGCUUUGAUGGAUCUUUGGAGGAAUUAAAAGAAUUGCUCUCACUUGGUGAUAAAGUGUUCAUUGGAAUUAAUGGCUGUUCUUUGAAAACAGCUGAAAAUUUGCAGGUUGUUAAGGAAAUACCUCUUGAUAGAUUAUGCAUUGAAACCGACUGUCCAUAUUGUGAAAUUAGACAAAGUCAUGCUUGUUGGAAAUUGUUGCAAGAGAGCAAACCAUUUGUUUUUGAUUCCAAGAAGAAGGAAAAAUUUGAACUUGGUCAACAUGUCAAGUCCAGAAAUGAGCCAGAUAAUUUAAUGUAA